AUGAUGUCUUCGACCCGUGACGAGGACCCUUUUCUGCAGGUCCAGGCAGACGUACUAUCAGCCCUCAAUACAUCGCGCCCGCUUUUCAAAUCCUACCUUCGCAUACGAUCCUCGGCGUCAUCAGCAAACAGUCCAGAGCUCCGUGAAGCUCGCAACGAGCUUGAACAGACACUCCAGGACCUCAGCCAAGAUCUCGAAGACCUCGUCGAAAGUGUCAAAGCCGUCGAACAUGACCCCUACAAGUUCGGACUUGAGAUUGACGAGGUGGAGCGCCGCAGAAGACUAGUCAAGGAGGUCGGCGACGAGAUCGAGAAUAUGCACAAGGCGCUGCAGCAGACGGUGCAAGAUGCGCAGAAGAAGGGCAACAUGCUGCCAGACCCUGAUUCCUUUGAGGAAGACGAAGACAACUACGCGCAGUUCGAGCAAGAGCAACAGAUGCAGAUCAUGAAUGAGCAGGAUGAAGCACUUGACGGCGUUUUCCGUACCGUCGGCAACCUGCGCAUGCAAGCCGAUGACAUGGGCCGCGAGCUGGAAGAGCAGGGCGAGAUGCUCAACGACGUCGACACAGUGGCCGACAGGGUUGGCGGCAAGCUGCAGACCGGUAUGAAGAAAGUCGGCUUCAUCAUCAGGAAGAACGAGGUGGUCGAGCUGCUGCAUCGCAGUUCUCAUCUUUGUCCUGAUCCUCCUUCUGGUAUUGCUCCUGAUCCUCUGAGCACGAACCCGAAGAUUGUAAAUUUCUAUCCGGCGCCCUUAGAAUCCAAGGCACGCUAUUCAGGAGCCAUCUUCCAGAUUACCGGCACUGGUGAACAGGACCCUCCAUGCACUUACUUGAUGGAUCAGCAUGGUAUCUACCAGCACAGCGAUCGAAACACCGUCAUUGCAUGCAUGACUCAACCUUCUUCGUAG